CUCUCUCUCUCUCUCUCUAGAGAGAGAAAGUGGGUUGGUUCGUCAUGCAUUUGCAGAAAUGAAAAAACCACUCGCAUCUAAAUGUUUCGUUCUCUUUCUCCUCCUUUCCUUCGCUCUCUUCCUCUUCUUCUCUCUCCAAACCCACCACGAUAACUCCACCACUGACCUCCGAAUCCGACCCGGAUACAAAACCUACGAAUCCUACAUCCAACGCCAGCUUAACAAAACCCAGAACCCGAAACUCCGAAAAAUAUGGACCACCCGAGAUUGGGACCGCAAGAUCCAAGUCUUCUCCACUUUCUUCGCAGAUUUAAAGCACAAAAAGCUCCUCUCAAAUGAAUCCAAGGCUCUCUGUAUCGGUGCUCGGGUCGGGCAGGAAGUGGAGGCUUUGAGGAGGGUUGGAGUGUCCGAUUCGGUAGGGAUUGACUUGGUCCCGUACCCGCCCCUUGUUAUUCGGGGCGACUUUCAUCACCAGCCGUUCGAUAAUGAGACUUUUGAUUUCGAGUUCUCGAACGUGUUCGAUCACGCGUUGUACCCCAACAAGUUCGUUGGGGAGAUCGAGCGGACGUUGAAGCCUGGUGGAGUUUGUGUUUUACACGUGGCGCUUUCUAGACGGGCUGAUAAGUACUCGGCCAAUGAUUUGUACAGUGUCAGACCGUUAAAGUCGUUGUUUCGCCGGUCCAAAUUGGUUGAUGUUCGGACCGUUGACGGGUUCGGGUUAGACACUGAAGUGGUUUUUCGGAAAAAAUCCUAAUUUUUUUUUUUUUGUCUUUUUUAAAAUUUAUUUAUUUAUCUUAUUUUUGUGUGAUUAUGAUUUAUGAUGACGUGUACACUUUUGAGUGCCCAAUGUUUUUGUUUGUGAGAGAUAUAUAUACAAAAAUGAGUAAGAACUCUAAAAGUUGAGCUCUAAAGAAGCAUUAAAUUGUCUUUUUUCUAUUCAUGUUUUGUCUUUUACUUCUUCUUUUUUUUUUUAAAUGAUGCCAACUCAUUAGAGCUGUUUGAGGGCAGCUCUAAUUAGAGCUCUCUAGCAAAGCCC